GUGAGCUGUUGGAGGUGAAUAGAAGAGGGUUGAGAGGCGUAGGAGUUGUUAGGGAAGCCAACAAAAAGGCCGUCAUCACCCAAAGGGAUUCCCGCGGAGUCCCCGACCGCAGUACUAACCGGGCCUUGCGCCGCUUAACUUCGGAGUUCAGAUGGGAUCCGGUGCAUUAG